CAGAUGGGGCCCAGACGGCGUCUGGCGGGGCUUCCUCGAGGCGGAGGCGGGAGUGCAGGGGCAAAGAGUGGAUGGAGCAGGGGGGCGGGCCCUCCUUGCGACCCUCUCUUCCUGGGGACUCUCUGGCCCUUUCCAGUCGCCCUGCGGACCAGUAGAGCAGAGGGACGAGACUCCGGCCGAGAGGUGGGCUGGACAACGAGUCCGCUGCCGCUGGACGGAUGUCGGCCGCUGGAAGCGCAGGCCGGGAUGUCGGGGUAACCCUGCCGCUCCUGCACCGCCGCUCGUCUUGGGCGGACUUUGCCCUCGGUCCCUGGGGCGGUGCCGGCCACGCCCCUGGGGAGGAGCCGGGCCGGGGGCGGGGCGGCGAGCUGGCUCCUCAACAGUCCGCGGCUGCGGCGGCGGCGGCGGCGUCGGCGGCGGCUGCGACGGCGAAAUGGAGAGCGGGGCCUACGGCGCGGCCAAGGCGGGCGGCUCCUUCGACCUGAGGCGCUUCCUGACGCAGCCGCAGGUGGUGGUGCGCGCCGUGUGCUUGGUCUUCGCCUUGAUCGUGUUCUCAUGCAUCUUCGGUGAGGGCUACAGCAACACCCACGAGUCCAGACAGCAGUACUGCGUGUUCAACCGCAACGAGGACGCGUGCCGCUUCGGCAGCGCCAUCGGGGUGCUGGCCUUCCUGGCCUCGGCCUUCUUCUUCGUGAUCGACGUCUAUUUCCCCCAGAUCAGCAACGCCACUGACCGCAAGUACCUGGUCAUCAGCGACCUGCUCUUCUCAGGGCGUGCUGGCCUCCUUGGCCUACCAGCGCUACAAGGCCGGAGUGGACGACUUCAUCCAGAACUAUGUGGACCCCACUCUGGACCCCAGCACGGCCUACGCCUCCUACCCAGGCGCGCCUGUGGACAGCUACCAACAGCCGCCCUUCACCCAGAACGUCGAGACCACAGAGGGCUACCAGCCGCCCCCCGUGUACUGAGCUGCGGCCGGGGAUGGUAAGGGGAGGAGGGAGGGCGCUUGGGGGGCCUCCCCUCUUCCCGGACUCCUCCCCCGAGGCUGGUCUCCCAGAGCUGCCGGCCCCGCUCGAUCCACCUGGCGCCUGUCGGAGCUGACGCACGGCCUGGAGAGAGAGCCCCUGCCUCCUCGUCCUGGCUGCUGGCCUCAGAGCCUCGGCCUGUGCCCCAGGGGGCUUCACCUACCACUCCUCGAGGGCAUUUUUUAGGGAAGGGUUUUUGGUUGGAUGGGUUUUGUCAUUGCUUUUAAUGAUCCCCAACCCCACCUGAAGUAGCUCCAAGGGCCCGAUGUGCUGGUUUGACAAGUGCCUUAGCUUCUCCCCAGCCUGAAGGAGCCGGGCCACGUGCAGGCCUCGGUGGCCACCGCCAUCUGGGGGUCUCUGCCAAAGAUGAGGCUGUGGGGCCUUCCCCCUGCUCUGCUGCUGGCACUGGGCUGGGGCUCCUUUCCUCCUCACUCAGGUUCGUUCUGCCCCCAGCCCCCUGCCCCCUGCCCCCUGCCUGCUCUGCGAGCGGCAGCCCGUGCUCACUGCUGAAGUGUCUGCUCGCUUGGAUCUGGGCUCUGUGCCAGUGCCUCUGGGUCACCUUCCUGACAGCCUAGGCGCAGGGCUGGUGCCGCCCCCCACCAGCGGGCUCAGGCGGGCAGCACUGUCUCUGCUCCCACCCCUUGGCCGCAGGAAGGGGCUUUGCCUGACGACAGCACCCAGCUUUAUGUAAAUACCCCCGCACCGUUAGUUGGGAGGCGUGGAGCACACCCACAGCCCCCAGGCUGCUCUGAAUGUGUUGCAGAGCCUCGGGGGAGAUGCACAGCGCCCUUGGAUUCUGUUGACUAACUUUGGAGAUGGAAUAAAUGUUUUUCUUAUUCAUAA